GAAGCAGGAUAGGAAUGGCUGAGCAGCCUCGGUGGCAAGAACCCCGUCGAGAACUCCUGGGUUUCGAGGUUAACAGGGCACAAGGAGACAAAGAGCCCAAAUGCGAUCUUCCCUUCGGUGUCGGAGCCUUCCAGUGGUUGGUUCUGUUCAGCCUCAGCAUAGGAUGCUGCGUCUACGCAAUGCACAACGUCAGCUUCCUAAUGACAGCCGUCGUCAUGGACCACUGGUGUCAGCGUCCUGCCCGGUUCCUCAACAUCAGCGUAGCCGAGUGGAAAUCACUGGCCAUCCCGGUGGACGAGAACGGCAACUACAGCCGCUGCACCAUGCGACACCCACCGGAGAACGGCAGCUCGGCCGGCAUCGUUGCGUGCACGUCGUGGGAGUACGACAUGGACGCGUACGGUAACAACAUCGUCAGUGAGUGGAACCUGGUGUGCGGCAGACGGUGGCUCCUCGACUUAGCCGGGUUUAUCUACGCGGCCGCCAGCGCCGUCUCCUUGCCCGUGUCCGGUGCCCUGGCCGACCGCCUUGGCAGGAAGAUUGUCGUGUUCAUCGCAGUCCCAGUCGUCGGCGUAGCCGGCGCAGCCAGCAGCCUGCCCACCAACUUCCACUCGUUUGUGGCAGUGCGGACCCUCGUAUCGGCCUCUACAUCCGCCCUGAUACCGCCGCUCAUCUCUCUCUUGUACGAGGCGUCUCCAAAAGAGAAAAUGCCCUUCUACUCCAUAUUACCCUGGCUCUUCAGUUUUCUCCUGGUAAGAGUCGCAUUUAUGGCCGCGGUGCGGAUCAGAGGUGGCUGGGCCGUCUCCCAACUUGUGCUCAUGGUGCCGACGUGCCUUCUGAUGCUGCUGUACUACACCGUCGACGAUUCAAUGGAAUGGCAUUUGGCAAGCGGCAAUGCCGAGCAUGCUAAGCGCGCCGCCUUGCGGGCAGCCAGGUGCAACGGAGUGCCUUGCGGCCGUUGCCGCGAGUCUUUCGCCCGACUUCUGUCUUCUAGAAGUGCAGACAUGUGCACCUUCACAAAGAAAGCUGGCGUCUGGGACUUGUGCUCAAGUCGUUUCCGAACGCGCACCUUUCUGCUAGCCUACAGCUGGGCAGCAGCGACGUGCUGUUACAGCGCUCUCGUCUUCAACGAUGGGGUCCCGGUCAGCCACGCCGUGACCGCCACUGGCGUCGUUGCAUCUGCCGUGGCCGUGGGCGUUGCUGCGCUGUGUAUUCCCAGGUUCGGCUACAUACGAGUACUGUCAACCUCAGGACUCGUCUUUAGUGCCACUUCCGCUAUUCUGACCUCCUUGUACAAUGACCAGGAGACGCUCACUAUCGACGUUUUGGUUGUGGCAAUGCGGAUGGCGGGUAAUGUCGCCAUGUUGUUCCUAUUCUCUCCAGGAAUCUACGCGUACCCCGUUACUCUGCACUCUAGUGGCAUCGGUUUUGGUUUCGCCUGCUCUCGCCUGGGAGGCAUUUUAUAUCAGAUGGCACAAUGGCAUCCUGUGGGACGCCGUGCCCAUGUACUGCUGACCCUAGCUGCCAUCUUGAUGGCACUUUUCGCUGUUGCCAUGGUGUUCCUUCCCAAAGAGGCUAACUGGAAGCUGAAGUGUCAAACUGUCGCAUGCGCAUCAGUCGCAGCCUUGACCGGCGACGAUUUAAGACGUGCCAUGCGUGAGACCUUGCUUCCCUUGCCGAAGACUGCGUCGGCGCAUUAGCAGAUUACCGAAGUAUUGGCCAGCGCGUCGUUUUUGAUGCAGCUCCCGGCGGACCCUGUUACUUCGUUGCCAUGUCUUUUUCCGUGCAGCAGUGACUAAAAAUGCGGCUUCUUUGUCCACACUUAAUAUAAAGUUUUCCUGACUGUA